GAAAUGGAUGAGAUUUGAAGUUAAAAGUGUGUAAAUCUGUAUUUCGUGCCAUCUCAUUACCGAGCGUAUAAAGCUCUUUAUUCAGCAAGUGGGCUUAUAGACUGCUGUGCCGUCUGUUACAUCAUUAUUUGAUAAAGAGGAAACUGGAGCUGAGGUUUCGUAGUGUUGGGUGUAACGACGACUGUUAACGAUAAAUGGAAGAAUGUGAAGUGAAGUGGUCGUGGUCCGUUCUAAGGAGAAAAUGUGAAAUUCGCGGCGACGCAGAUGGCAAAGAGCCUAAGGAUCUGACGUCAUCAAGAGCCAUGUUUCCGAGCACUCAGAUAAAAAUGAGGUUGCUCUCCCCGAGCAGUUCGCCCGCCACAUCGCCUACCAUGUCUAACUCCUCGUCACCGACGCCUCCCGCCCUCAACUACAACCACAAAAUUACGGGGAUUCCCUGCGUCGCGGCGGCGUCUCGCUACACGGCGCCCGUUCACAUCGAUGUUGGUGGCACCAUCUACACGUCGUCACUCGAGACACUAACAAAGUAUCCGGAGUCUCGGCUGGCGAAGCUCUUCAACGGGAGCAUCCCCAUCGUGCUGGACUCCCUGAAGCAGCACUACUUUAUCGACAGAGACGGAGGCAUGUUCCGACACAUCCUCAACUUCAUGCGCAAUUCCAGGCUCCUCAUACCCGAGAACUUCGCCGACCUGGACCUGCUGCUGGAGGAGGCGCGCUACUUCGACAUAGCCCCCAUGUGUCGGCAGCUAGAACAAAUGAAGAAGGAACGCCUUAAGAACUCCGGGUCGUCAGCCAAUAUGAAGAGCGUGGGGGUAGGACGUGGCACCGGGGACUUUGAGAACCACCAACAGCAGCAUCAGCAGCCAUCGCACCACCAGCAGCAGCAUGAGAGUUAUGAGUGUGUAGCACUGCAUAUCAGUCCUGACCUGGGGGAGCGCAUCAUGCUGUCCGGGGAGCGAGCCCUGCUCGACGAAGUGUUCCCAGAGACGAACCAGGCACUUCUGGAUGCCCGAUCCAGUGUUGCCUGGAACCAGCAUGAUGCCAGACAUGUGAUUAGGUUCCCUCUGAAUGGCUACUGUAAACUGAACAGCGUACAGGCCAUCACAAGGUUGCUGAACGCUGGGUUCCGGGUGGCUGCCAGUAAUGGGGGAGGCGUUGAAGGCCAACAAUUCUCGGAGUACCUGUUUGUCCGCAAAGUGUUCCCGGUGUGACCACUAUGCUUACUUCUUAUCGUGAGCGGCAGUCCUAAUGGAUGGAACAUCCUAUCUUCCAGUUUGUGCCAUAUGAUCAUUAUUGAAUGUUUCGAUUAUACGGACUUGGCAAUCACAUGCUAUACUGGCUCCUUAACAAGCCUGUCAAACUCUUCUGGACCAAUUUUAUAAAUUGACCUUGUGAUCCUGACCCAUCCUCAGAGGAAGGUUUGCUAGAGUAUAUAUAAUGACAUAAUUACUUGUAGCGCUUAACUGUUAAUAAUUUAUGUUGAAUUAAUUAUGCAUAUAAUUUAGCGUUUAAAAUAAAUUAAUUAAUUAUUCCCAAUAAUAAAUGUGGGCGAGAGCUCUGCAGCCCACAAAUAAUAUUUUGAUUUUUUGUACUGAAAUUAUAUUUAAAAAAAUGAUGGCGAGAAAUAUCGUAAAUUUCCAUGGCUUUUUUAAAAAGGUUAGGUUUUGCUGCUGUAGGUUUGACAAGCCUGUGUUGAAAGAGUGACCGAAGUUACAGCUUUAAUGGUCAUAUUUUCUCUAGCAGUGAAUUUAAACCACAAGGCUAGUUCACAAUGCAUCUUAAUCAGCGUCUCUGCCAUCCUGUAUUUAGGUCACAUGAUGUUUGGUUUCGGUGUUUCAAGGGGGUGUAGCGGGGUGUCUUAAAGCACAUGAUUAAGAGAAGAACUUCCGUUUCAUUCCAUUGUGUCGUAAUGGGGAAGGUCACGAUAGCAAGUACAUUCAAUUGGGUCUCAUUCUAAGAUAUCUAUUAUUUCCCUCAUUCACAGGAAAUCUGUUAAGGGACUACAGGCCUAUGACCUACAGUUUUCUUUAUUUCUGUGUUCAAGUUUCACUUUUCAGUUGUACCUCACUUUCAAUGAUGGAAUCAUUAUACAGAAACUCUUGAGUUUGGCGAUUCUGUUUGACUGGUUUGCUAACAUAUAUGCUUUUGUGCAGACGAACUGCUGUUCCUUCCCGUAUUCACAGGAUCCCUCCACUGUUCCCUAUCAUGAGCCAGAUCAAUCCAGUCCAUACCACCCCAUCCUAUUUCUCUAAGACCCAUUUUAAUACUAUCCUCUGACCUACAUUAGGUCUUCUUUGUGGUCUCUUUCCUUCUGGCUUUCCAACCAAAACCCUAUAUGCAUUCCUCCUUAUGUACAGAUCCACCCUUAAUAUAUUAGCAUAUCAUGCAUUCAGUUCUGAGCAUUUAUUGCAGCGCCAGUUCUACAGGCCUUGAUUUUCUGCACUUGAAAUUUGUAUGUAUAUUUAUGAUCCAUCUCCAUAUAAAAUUUCACAUGUCUAGUUUAAGUGGUUUGUUAGUUGCCAAAGCUAAAUAUAUUACAGAUUUUAUGCAGUGAAAGUGAGUUUUAAAAGAAUUGCUAAUUUUACACAACAUAUAUGGAAUUAGAUGGUUUAUUGCUGCACUAUUUCCAGUAACCAUCAGCCACUGCCUGAAGUGCAUUGUAAACCAGCCAGAAUUGAAAUUCAGGCAAUACUAUUUAUUAGUCUUUAGGAUCUAAAGAAAGUUAUAUUUCACAUUAGCAACUUUCAUUAGGACUGGGGCUGUAAAGAAUGAUGCAGAAGUGUUUGCUUGUCUGUCUUUGGAAUAUUUAUUUUUCAAAUGACAGAUACAAGUUCAUCCCCUUACAUCGAAGUAUAGAAGAGUUUUUGAGUCUGAAUGUGUAUGAGGAAAUUUCUGUUUGUAACUUAAGUGGAUGCAAAAGUAGGUCUUGUGAGUAACAUAUAAUUGUACUUGUGUAAGUGGACUACACUUAUCUUUCGUUAUAACCACAGGUUUCUUCUUAGGUUCUUAGUUGAGUAUGUCUUCCCUUCAGAGGUAAAUUUCUUUUUUCCAUCCUCCUGCAUUUCAAAGUGCCAUGAUGCAGUUGUUAUCACAGCAUCAGUAUAGGUAGUCUGGUCAGUUAUAGAUACAGACAAUGUCUGCACCUCUCAGAAAUCAUACAGACACAAUAUGUGAUGUAUAUAUUGUUGCACUGAAAUUUAUUGAGCAUUUAUAAUGACACAGUGGACACAAAUAGAAGAAACAACACUGCAGUGACCCUUAAAAGUUUUUGCCCAAAUUUGAAGGGUACUCAGUCCAUAGAAAUAUCUAUGUAAAUCAUCAUGCGGAUAAUUUUACAAAAUUUUGAUCUCAUAAGCAGGGUUUACCCAAAAUGGGCUGUGAACUCUUAAGUUUACGGACUGAGAUAAUACGUGUGCUGGGAAUACGAACUCAUUUGUCUGAAUGUGCAAGUAUGGAGUUUGUUGAAUCGGUGGAAUGUGUGAAUUGGACAAACUUUGAGAAUAUAUUUCCAACAAAGAAAUAAAUAAUAAAUAAACUGUUCUAAAUGGAAUUGGACAUCCUUAUCUUUUCAACUUUUAAAUAUCAUCUUUGUGUAAAAUUUUCAGAAUUAUUAGAUGAUUUGUUUUCAUUAAAUACUAUAUAUAAAAAAAGAGUUCCAAUAUGUACUGGACUUACACUAUUAAACCUUUGAAAGAAUUAACCAAUUUUUAUGUUUAUAUCUUGUUUUACAGAAAUUAUGCUCACAGUUCCAUGUACUCCUGGUUUAUUCAAAUCUGAGCAUACAGUUCUGAUA